ACCGUCCAACUAGCGCAUUCGCGUUCUGUCCGUCGGCCGGUGUGAUCGUACGCGCCGUCGCAGUUGUAACCUACGCGAGUGUUUACACACUGAUAACGGAUCGCGCCGCAAUCGAGUGAUAACGAACGUGCAACUACAUCAACGAUUACGGUGUCUUUCAAAACUUGGAUCACUAUUUCGCUGUAAGCAAACAACACAGUUCAGUAGUCAGCCGGUGUCCGGCCAUUUGGUCCGCGAAAAUGUGACCAGCCGAUCGUCGACGCGGGAAACCAUGUCCAGGAACACCAAAAGAUGGUUGUUACAGUUGCAGAUACUCCUGGCCCUGUUGGCGCUCGCGUCGUUCGUGUUCUAUCAACAGGUCGGGCUUUCCGGCGGCAACGCAUUAGCCCACGGCCAGCAACAGCAAUUGAAAAAAAUUACAAACUCGACUGACUAUUUGUUGCCUGACCAAAAAACUGUACGACACAGCUUGCCAGUUGAUGAUGAUCUAAUAGACAAUGUGUUUAUUACUGUAAAAACCACCGGAAGAAAUCAUCUAACUAGGUUGCCAGUAAUUAUUAAAACUUGGUUUCAACUUGCUAAAAAACAGACUUGGUUUUUCACGGACACUUACGAUCAACAUUUAAGUCAAGUGACGGGUGGUCACGUCAUACAUACUAACUGUUCGGCCACUCACAGUAGGCGUGCGUUGUGUUGUAAAAUGUCUGUUGAAUUAGACGUGUUCCUCGAAUCGAAAAAGAAGUGGUUUUGUCACGUGGACGAUGAUAACUAUGUUAAUGUUCCUGCCUUGAAUGGAUUAUUGAAAAUGUAUAAUCCAAUUAAAGAUUGGUAUUUGGGACGAACUAGUACAACAAAACCAUUACAAAUUCGCACAAAAUCCCAAAAAACUACUUUUUGGUUUGCUACUGGAGGUGCUGGAUUUUGUUUGAGCCGUGCAUUAGUGCUUAAAAUGGCUCCAAUAUCUGGGAACGGGAAACUUAUGGCGAUUGGUGAUCGUAUUGGUCUCCCAGAUGAUGUCAGCGUCGGUUAUGUUAUUGAACAUUUACUAAAAAUACAAUUGACUAGAGUAGAACAAUUUCAUUCUCACUUGGAGCCAAUGAAACACAUUAAAACACAUAUGUUUAGUGAACAACUGACGUUCAGUUAUUCUUUGGACAAUGAACCAAAUACUGUUGACGUGAAUGGAUUCAAUGAAAUCACCGACCCUACGAGAUUUUUUUCAUUACAUUGCUUUUUGUUUCCUGAAUCUUCGUGCUGUGUUGAGAAAUGAAUUAUUUCAUCGUUCUUGAUACAGUGAGAGUUAAUGAAAUCAAAUUUAGAAUCGUUUUGUAGUAUUGCUCGUUAAUUUUUAAGUUUUUUUUUUUUUAUAUUAUUUGUCUUGUUUGGCCUAACGUUUUAUUAAUCUGAAAUAUAAAAGCCAUUAAUCAUAAGGUCUUCAAAGAAAGCGCAUGUCAUGGUUGAGCAUAAGGUGGGAAACCGUCAUAUAACGUCGACUUUAAUAUUCGUUAUUUUACAGUUGGGUACUCUUUUUCCAUAAUGCGUCCAAAUGGUAGGACCGAUAACAUUCCCUCAUUACAUCGUUUGUUGCCAUACUGACAACAAUAAAACAAUUUUCGAGUAACUUCGUGUUUUCCUUAAUCAAAUUGACAACAAACACGGAGAAUACGGUAUAUUUUAGGAUUUGAUUCACUUCAGUUUUUGAAGUAGAAAGAUCUCGGAACGAACAUAAUUGUAGUGUUAUUAUCAUGUUUCUGGUUUUAUUAUUAUUUAUUAAUUAACAGUACAAUAGUAUAAUAUAACAUUUUUUAAAAUAGUUAAAUAAUAUUUACUAUUUUAAAUAAAUUUUAAACUUAACUUGAAUAUACCCUAUUUAUAAAGAACCUGAGAAUAUUAAUUGUUUCUUAUGUACACAAGAAACGUUGAAACAAUAAGAAAUAUUUAGUCAAAAAAAAGCAUUAAGAUAUCAGAUGGUAUACUUCCCUAUUGGUCGUUAAUUUACUUAUGAUUCGAACAUAGUAAAAUGCAAAAAUAGUGUGAUUUUGGUCUAUAAAAAUUAAUAUAUUAAUAAAUUCGCGUAUUAUUAUAAUAGAAUUGUAUAGUGGUAUUAAAAUCACUUAAGAAUAUUCGUCUGUUACUAAUAAUUUGUUAUGUUCACUAUAAUAGUUUACUUUAAUUGUUAUUUAAUAAACGAAAAUAUACUAUAACCUCAGAGAGUUGUCUAUAAAACUCAUUUUAUUUGGUGGGACUAAUAUUAGAUAAAUAAAAGGUUUCAAGUUAAUAACGAAUCGUAUAAGUGUAAAUGAAGGAUCUGAUCAUAACUAGCUUGUUUUCAUUGCCUUGUGUGUCGUCAAAAGUAGAUUACUGACGUAUAAUGUAACUAUAAGUCAACAAAGUGAUAUUUUAAUUUUAAUGUGUGUGUAUGUAAAGUUUACACGUUAUUUCAAAGGUUUCGCAUCGCAACUCAUUGAUCCCCUUGUUUUUUUUUUAAAAUACUCGUGUAUGAACUAUCCAAAUACAUGUUUAGAUCGUAGGUUUGUGGUACGUGAUUUAUCCGACGGCACCUUGUUAGCGUGCAUGUCAAUUGUUUAGUUUUAGUUUUUUUUAAAAAAAAAAAAUGAAUGUCUGUGAUAUAGAAUUUUAAGCCAUUAUUUCUACGUAGAUAUAUUAUUAUUAUACCUUAUUUAUUUGUUGUUUAAUCAAAACUUGUAACAUAAAAUAACAGA